GACUCACUCAGAUCUGCACUUUACACCCUCACUGUCCGCUGCUGCUGCUCCACACUUUGUCUUCAUGACUUUCACAGACUUUUUAAAAGAGUGGGAUAUCAAACAUCAGAAGUCAAAGGAUUGAAGCAGCGUUUGUAGGAUUAUCAUCUCUUUAUUGAAGUCUUUUUUUUUUCCCACGUCGUUAUUGGAUGUUAAUGAGGACUCUGUCCAUGUCCUCUGCUGGAUGAUGGCUCCGGCAGUCUCCGUCACUCCACUGUUGGGCUUUAUUCUGGGAUUCAGUUGUGUGGCUGCCAUUGAUCUGAGGUUUAUGCCUGAUCCACCGACGCUGAACAUCUAUGGCGUCCGCAGCAUGAACAAAUCUGACAACCUGGAACUGACAUGCAGGGGUCGACAGUACCUGAGGUGGACAACGCCUCCUAUCAGCACUCGUUUCUCCACCAGCGACUGCAGCGGAUCAGGACUGUUCUGCUCAACACUGCGGAUCUCCAACGCCAUGGUUAACGAAACCGGACUGUACCAGUGCUCCUACAAAGACCUGAGAGUGGAAGACGGCAAGACGUCAGCAUCGGUUUAUGUGUUUGUUAACGAUUACAAAGUGCCGUUUGUGCCGCCUAAGGAAGAAUAUGAGGUGGUGUUGAUCCGUGAAGGAGAGCGGGUGGUGAUACCGUGCAGAGGCUCAGUGGAAAACCUCAACGUUACACUUUACACUAAGUUUCCAAAUAAAGAGAUCCAUCCCGAUGGGAAGGAUUCUGUGUGGGACGCCCAGACCGGGUUCACUGUUCCUAGUCACCUGAUCAGCUACGCCGGCGUCGUUUUCUGCCAGACUCAGAUUGGAAAUGAGACGUUCAAGUCUCCUCUCUAUCUCGUCGUUGUUGUCGGAUACAAGAUCUAUGACCUCACCCUGACCCCACCACGACCCAGGCUGUCUGCGGGGGAGCGGCUGAUGCUCACCUGCAUGGCUCACACCGAGCUCCGCGUGGGCAUCGAGUUCAACUGGACGCACUCCGGUCAGGCCCUGACCUCGGUGAACGGUUCGAUGCUGACUCACACCACAUCACACAAGAAGAAGCUGUGGAACUCUCUGGAGCUGUCCAACACUCUCAUCGUGGAAAACGUGACGGUGGAUCACACAGGAGAGUACACCUGUACUGCAUCCAGCGGGAAGAUGGAGAAAAGUGCAUUCACGUACCUGAAAGUCUACGAAAAGCCUUUCAUCGACAUCAAAGAGCCGUUGGCGAGGGUGUGGGAGGUAAAAGUAGGAGAACAAACUUCCAGUGUGAUCCCCGUCAGGUACUUAGCGUACCCAGACCCCAGCUUUAAAUGGUUAAAAAAUGGCCUCCCUCUCAAGGAUGACUACAGAAUCAAACUAAAGAGCGAUGCCCUCAUCAUCCGGGGAGUCACAGAUAUGGAUGCAGCGAAUUAUACCAUCAUCCUGUCCAAUGAGGCUACCAAAGAGGAGAAGAGACAUUCCUUUCAGCUGCUCAUCAACGUUCCUCCUCAUAUCAUAGAGAAGGAGGUGGCGGUGGACUCUGACGUGUACCCGUUCGGCAGCAGCCCCACCUUAAGGUGCACCGCCCGUGGGUUUCCCAUCCCGGCACACAUCCAGUGGCAGUGGAUGUCUAAAGAUGACUGUCCGGUGGCCUUCCUGUCGGGGCUGGCAAAGUACGAGGAGCAGAUCGCUUCGUGUACGGCCUGGAGAGAUAUCAGCAACAGCACCGGUCACCGCCCUGCAGAGCGGAUCAUGACUGACCCUGAUCAUCACCAACAGAAAAUCGUGAGCUCGCUGAAGAUCCAGAGGGCGGAGGUUCAAGCUCUCUACAGAUGCAUGGCUGCCAACAAAGUGGGCGAGGAUUCACGCAUCAUCCUUUUCCAUGUGACACGCGGCCUGGAGGUCAGUGUGUCUCCGUCCAAUGAUCCUCUAGAAGAAGACGACGUGGUUCUGCGGUGCAAAGCGGACAGGUUGCUCUACAGGAACCUCGCCUGGUUUCGUGUGAUGAACGUCUCGGAGUCAGAGUCCGUCCCGUCGGUGCAGCCGUGCCGCUCCCUGACUCUGCAGCAGAGGCCUCUGCAGCACGCCAAGCUGUCCAUCCUGCAGGGGACCAACGUGACCCUGGAGCUGAAACUGCUCAAUGCGUCACGACAGGACGAGGGCCUUUACGCCUGUCAGGUGGAGAACAUCAAGACUCAAGAGAGGACGUGCCUGCUGCGCCAUCUUACUCUUAAAGGUCUUGAAGCAGCGAGGAUCCUCAAUAACUUAACCGAUCAAAAAGUCAACGUAAGCGCCACCAUCUCUCUGCACUGCGACGCUGCCGGGAUGCCACACCCCACUGUGGUGUGGACCAAGAACAACCAGACGGUGGUGGAGAGCUCAGGUGUGAGUCUGAGCCAGAACAACCACAUCCUGACGAUUCUGCGGGUGAAGAAGGACGACAGCGGCCUGUACACCUGCACCGCCUGUAACGGUCAAGGCUGUGACACCUCGCAGGCCACUCUGACUACUGAAGGAGCAGAGGAAAAGACGAAUGUGGAGCUGAUUGUCCCCAUCGGGUCCGUGGUCAUCGCCAUGUUCUUCUGGUUACUGAUUGUCUUCGUCAUCCGCGGAAGAAAGAGACCAAACGGUGGCGAGCUGAAGACGGGCUACCUGUCCAUGAUCCUGGACUCGGAGGACAUGCCGAUGGACGAGCAGUGUGAGCGUCUGACGUACGAUGCUAACAAAUGGGAGUUUCCUCGGGACAGACUGAAACUAGGUGACCCUCUUGGACGAGGAGCGUUCGGUCAGGUGGUCGAAGCAGCCGCCUUUGGCAUCGAGAAAGCCACGACUUGCACCACUGUCGCAGUGAAAAUGCUUAAAGAGGGGGCUACAUCGAGCGAGUACCGCGCCCUGAUGUCAGAGCUGAAGAUCCUCAUCCACAUCGGGCAUCAUCUGAAUGUUGUCAAUCUGCUGGGCGCCUGCACGAAGCCUGGAGGACCUCUGAUGGUGAUAGUGGAGUACUGUAAACACGGAAACCUCUCCAGUUACCUGAAGAGCAAACGAGGAGAGUACAGCCCCUACAAGAGGAAGCGGGUGGACAGUCAGAAGUGGAUGUCAGCAGAGGAGGACAUCACCGAGGGAGAUCUGGGUUUGGGGAAGAUCGCUCAGCUGGACAUCUGCACAGGAACAGCUGUCUGCUCCAUAGCUGGAGACCGAGCGUCGGGCAGCAGCAUGGUCAUGGGAGAAGAGAGCUCCGUCGACGACCACCUGACCAUGGAGGACCUGAUCAGCUACAGCUUCCAGGUGGCCAAAGGCAUGGAGUUCCUGUCCUCUCGAAAGUGCAUCCACCGAGAUCUAGCAGCCAGAAACAUCCUGCUUUCAGAGAACAAUGUGGUGAAGAUCUGCGACUUCGGCCUUGCCAGAGACGUCUACAAGGAUCCAGACUACGUCCGCAAGGGAGAUGCUCGACUCCCUCUGAAGUGGAUGGCUCCUGAAACCAUAUUUGAUCGAGUGUACACCACACAGAGUGACGUUUGGUCCUUUGGGGUCCUCCUCUGGGAGAUCUUCUCUCUGGGAGCUUCUCCGUAUCCUGGCGUUUGCAUUGACGAGUCUUUCUGCAGGAGGCUGAAGGAGGGAACACGGAUGAGGCCGCCUGAAUACGCCACCUCAGAGAUAUAUCAGACCAUGCUGGACUGCUGGCUGGAUCGUCCCACAGACAGGCCGACGUUCGCAGAGCUGGUGGAGCAUAUGGGCGACCUGCUGCAGGCCAGCGCUCAGCAGGACGGGAAGGACUACAUCCCCCUAACAGCAGUAGGAGAGGCAGUAGGACCCACAUUGACCUCUGACCCCAGGAGGCCCUACAGCAGACCUCAGAGCGGGGAAAUCCUGGAGGCUCAGCUCCACUAUGACAGUCCGUCGUCACUCGGACUGUCUCAGCAGAGCGAGCGGUGUAGCCGGCCGCUCAGCGUGAAGACGUUCGAGGACAUCCCUGUGGCCAUCAGCAGCGUCAUGGAGGGUCACACUGACAGCGGGAUGGGCUUCUUGUCAGACGAGGUGAAGGCUUUGAAUCAGCAGCUGUCAACCACACCUAACUUCAGUCAGCUGCUGCGCUGUAAGAGCAAAGAGUCCCUGGCCUCGGAGUCGUCCAAUCAGACGAGUGGAUACCAGUCCGGUUACCACUCUGACGACACAGACACCCCGAUCUACGCCAACGAGGAGAUGAUCAUGAAGCACAACAUGCUGAAGAAACCUCCGCUUGCCAAAACGCCCGACAAAUUCAACGUGGAGAUCCGCUACAGCACGCCGCCUGUCUGACCCACAGCGCAAACCCUCUCACUGUACAGUAUGUUUAUUACACUUUAGGACCAUGACAACACAGACCACGAGCACAGUGCGCUGUGGGGUUGAGUUUUUUACAAGCUAUAAAUUAAAUCUAUUCAAUUUUUUUUUUUUUAAACUUAGCCCCUGUUUUAUAUAUGUUGGAGUCUGCUUGACAAAAAGGUGUCAAAGUUUUGGAACUUCUUAUGCAGAUUGCUUCAGCCAGCAGCAGUGAAACAGGCUGUAAUGGCUUCAACGUUGUCCCUCUUAGCAUCAAAGCAAAUCUGCUAAAACUGCUUAUUUUUGCAGAUGACACUCUGAUUGUUACACAAGUUUCUGACAACAUAUCCCGAAAAAAAUGAUGCAGAAACAGAUUUAUCAUGCUGAUUUAUGUCACAGUGUUCAUGUUUCUGAGUAGUUUGCUUUGAAUUAGUUAUUUGAUGAUUUAAAAAGAGAAAUAUAAAGUAGGAUCAGUUUAGAUCUGACUCUUCUUUAGAAUGUUGACUUUUCUCUCGGAAUUCUGACAUCAAAGACAGAAUACUAGAAUGUUGUCUUUGAUCUCAGAAUUCUAGAAUGUUGUCUUUGAUCUCAGAAUUCUAGAAUGUUGUCUUUGAUCUCAGAAUUCUAGAAUGUUGUCUUUGAUCUUAAAGGCAGAAUUCUGAGAAAAUAGUUAGGAAUUAAAAAAUAAGCUCCUGCAGCGCUGUGUGCACCGGAUUAUCAGAGUAGAGGAGGAACGGUGAGAGGAAACGUAACAAACACUAACACAAGAGUCAUUGAAGGCACCAUAACCGUGAGUGUCUGCUUCAAACCCACACAAGAAUCUGUAACGCUGUGGACUGGAUCCACCUGAGGGAGCUUCGAUGUUUUAUCAGCAACUCUCAGGACAUUAAAAUGAAUGUAAUGUUGUCAGAAACACAGAAUAACAUCUUAGUCAGUUGCAAAUUGUCUCACUUUUACUUGAAGUACUUUGAUUAUGAUGAUGAUGACGUUGCAGCCAUUACAGCCUGUUUCAAAGCUUCUUGUCAGUGCAAUUUAACGGAGCAGCUCCACCACUUUUGUAUGCGUUUGUCAUCAAGACGCUUCAACACAUAACAAAAACAAACGGAAUGGCCCUUUAAUAAGUCAUCUCGAGAGAAUGUAGGUCGUAUGAUCAGUGUGUAAGAGCAGCUCACUGUGCAGGAACGCUAUCAUGUUUACACAGCGAGUAAAAGGGUCUGGGGAGCCGAGACACGAGGACACGCCUACUUCCUGAGGCACAACCACCCACUUCCUGUAUUACAGGAAAUGGCAUGUGGAAUUUUUAGACAAUUGACCAGCAAACGUUUUCUCUCUUUUUCUUUUUCUUUUCUCUCCUGUUGGCAGAUGAAAUGCUGACUAAUAAGGCGACUCCUACUGUGUUUGUAGUCACUUUUGUACAGUUCUUUUAUGCAUAUAACUGAAAGUAUUUUAUUAAAGUGUAUUACUAAACCUGACAUAAAUGUAAGUAGUUUUAUAAAAUAAAAAUACUCACAGAUGAA